AUUAGGUGCAAAUGUUUACGAACCUGCCCGUUUGUGAACCGACGCCUCACUCAUUUGAUGUUUUGUACUAUAUUAACCCCCGUAUGAGAACCGAUGAGAUCAAACACACCUAUGUAUUUUUUAGACUAAAGUAUAAUGCAGUUAACAAUUAAAUCACUGGUUCUUCUUGCAAUUCUACUCCUGAAAAGUCUCAACACCAAUGUAGCAUAUCCUGUUAUCGGCGGAUUUCUUUCAUCUUCCAAUCUUGUAAAAUGUAAUAAAGUUGAAAAUGAUUCCCUGGAUAUAAAUUCACAGCUAAAUCUAGAGGUUUUAUCGCAAAAGUCAACACUACACACACAGACCGUUGAUUCCAAUGUAUUAAACAAGACAAAUGCAAACUACACACCAAAAAUUAAACACAAUAAACAAUAUGAAUUUGAAGAUAUACUUUGUUUUUCAGAUGACCUCGAGUUAGGGGAACCGCUCCAACUCGUUUACCCCAACGACGAUCACACUGAACUCCUGGUUGAUCCUGAGGUUUUAAAUUUUUUAAAGACAGUCCCAAAACCAAUUUACCCAGUGGCAGUUGUGGGCCCAGUUAAUUCCGGCAAGAGUUUCCUGUUAAACCUUUUAAACGACAAUGUUUUGUGUAAAAGCGUGUUAGUUAAGGAUUUAGAAUCCUGUAAACCAAACUUGGAUAAUUUAAGCAAUUUAAACUUUCAAAAGAGCUUUAACUCAGAAACGGGUUCCAGCACGUUUAAGGUGUCUAAAACACCGGAACCUGAAACUUUUGGAAUUUGGGUGUACUCUAAACCACUAAAAAUUAGCAAAACCCGUUUACAGGAGAGGAUCCAAAACUACCAUGAGGCUGAGAAAGUUGAUGAGUGUUCACUUAAGAGUAAGAAACCCAGAGAGUCUGUUUACCAACACUCGAAAUUAUCAAGAAUCAAGUCAGAUCCCUAUGACGACGAAGCUUUAGCUGAUACUGUAAAUGUAUUACUAUUUGACGUUGAGGGCUUUAACAGUCACAAGAAUAUAUUUAGGUACGAUGAGGCAAUUUUUUCAAUAGUUUCGCUAAUAUGUUCAGAGAUUGUGUAUCUGUCACCCAGGACCCUAAACUCCUCAGAUUUGUUACUGAUGGAGGAUCUGAUCAAAUGCUCACUCCAGUCAAAGAUAUCAAAUUUGUAUAAAAUAUACACUGGUUUGGAAGGCUUUGAGCAUGAAAAUGAGGAAAUAUUUCAGUACUUUUUUAAAAUGUUCGAGAACAAGAAUCUUACAUUUUUGGUUAACGAGUUUAAAUUCACACAAGAGCAGGCUUUCAGUAAUUUGGUAAACUUGCUAAGAUCACCCAGAAGAGACUUGCCACUACACGAGUUCUUCUUUUACAAAAACCAGAAACUUAACAUCGGAAACUAUGAUUUCAGAGCAGAUUUUGUAAGGAAAAUUAAGCCUAAAAUUGAUAAAGACAGUAGAGAUAAGUUACCAGUCAAAAAGGAUUCCUCACAUCCCAAAGAUGAACAACCUAGUAGAACUGAUAAGAAUGUUUGUACCACAGAUUCACUGGAACAAAUCGAAGUGAACUUCAGCAGGUUCGGAUACAUUUUCCACAUGAUGUUCAACUCCGUCAACGUUUCAACACUUCCAAGCACUUCAUCACACCUUUUCAACACUCUUUUCCAUACCAAUGAUAAUAACGGCUUGAAAAAUAAUGAACCAAAUGGUGUUGUCAAGUAUUUUGAGAGACUGGGGCAUUUUAAGUUUGAGCUGUUUUUGCGAGCGUUAAGAAACCCACUCCUAAAGCACUGUUCAGUAGAUGAGUCAACAUCAACCUGUCACAUGUCAGGAAGUGACUUGGCUGAGAUUGUUAACUUCAGUAUGAAAAUACUUUCAAUGAACAAGUUUUACAAACUCGCAACUGAUUUGACCACAGGUGAUUUUGGGAAGAUUACCGAAAACGACGCAUUUGAUAGGCUUGUGAAGGUGCUUAGACUUUCCAGACUACUCAUGAUCCAGAAUGAUUUAUCCCACAACUACAAGGAUAUCCUCAUGAAGUUUGUUACCGGUAAAAAAUAUCACAUUGACCUGGAAAAUUUGGAUCAACCUGUGAAAGAAGUUGUGAAAAAUUCUGUGGAUCAUGUUGUGAAAAAUUCUGUGGAUCAUGUUGUGAAUAAAUCUGUGAAAGAAGUUGUGGAUGGUGGUAGAAAGGCAUCAGAACUGGUAAGGAAACGCCCGAUACCGAGUAUGAGUUUGUUUGAAAAGUACAGCUUCAAGUUGAGAAACGAGUUCCUAGAGCUGAUGUUAAAGACCUUUGAGAAUGAAGGGCUAUCAACAGACUUUAAAGACUCAUGGUCAGCAUUGGCGAGUGAGUUUGACAGUUUCUCAGAAGAAGCGUCAGAAAAGCUUAGUGAAACAAUAAAGGAACACUGCGGAAGAGUGUCAGAAAAAGUAUUUGGAGUACUUGACGAGAGAGUGGAACAAGUGAGAUUGCCAGCGCUACCAAGCAAGUUGAAAUUUUUACACUUUUUCAAAGACGAGUUCAAGAGAAGAUUCAUACUACUGGUGGAUUCAGAGGAGGCUGAGUAUGACGAUUCGGAGCCUCAAACAUAUGAUAACCUGAUAGAAAGUAAGAAGGCACAUUCAUUAUUUUAUGACAGUGUGUGUGAGUCGGUGUUUUCAGAUUACUUGACCAGGUUAGAUGAUAAGAUUGCAGGCCUGCUUGACACUAACCAGAAGAUGAUAGAUCAUCAUUUCAGCUCAGUGUACAACAAGGCACUGAACCAUUUUAAGUUUAACUUUAGCCAAGUUGAAGAAAACUAUGAGUUACCAAUAGAGGAGCCCUUGGCUAGGAGUACAACUCUGGUUAAAGAAGCCCAAAACAUCCUGAUGACUCACUUGGGUGAGUUCCACGCUCUUGAGUUUUUGGUUUCCGAGGUUAAAAACAAGUUAAACAUGGCACUAACUCAGGAAUUGGAAGUUUUUAAAACAAAUUAUCAUAACAGGUGUCUUCAGAAGCUGGACAACAUGCACUCUCACUAUCUGGAUAAUUACCCUGUUUUCCUGAAUAGAUUUGCACCACUGCCAACAAGUCCUGAACUCAUCCACAUGUACCACGAAUACGUGAAACACGUCUCUAGAGAGGAGUUUUUCAGAGUCUACUGCACAGAAUACAUGGAUCUCGAUAAGCGGCAGACCAAGCUUGAGCAGAAGUUGAACGAUAAGUUGAAGGAGAUGCUGGCUGAAAAUGUCAGAAUAGCAUCUGAGGCACUGGAGUCUGAUUUUCUGGAGAUUGACAGAUAUUUAAUGACUCAAGUAAAGAAAUCAAAGUUCUACAACUACUUUAGAUAUAACGCCAAGAGAUAUGUAAGUUACAAAAUGACUCCAAAGUUUGUGUAUGCAAAGUUGAACCUGGACCCAAACCAAUUAUCACUAAGGUGUCCAAUUGAGUCUCUGGGAUUAAAAGUGCUUUAUAACCCAGAUUCGAGGAAAAUUAUGGUUAGAAAAGGGCCUACACCAGAAAAACAAGGAUUUAACAAAAGGUAUUCAAGUGAUUCUUACAGGACCAGUAUUGGAAUAAAGCCAGGGUCAGAGUCUGACUUCAACUUUGAGUCGCUUAGGGAUAAACUAAUAAGAAUGAACAGAACUAAUAUUCACUUCAAGUUUGUUGAUGGCAUAGUUGACAGGUAUAUGGACACUCACAUGAUUCAGUUUAAGAAGAUGUUCCUGAAUACGCACUGCAAGGCUAUUGUGCUGGUGUGUAGCAUUAUACUUCUGGGUUUAUCUACUUUAUCAUUCUCGCUGGCUCAAAAAGGCUUUGAUAGGUUAUUUUUUGCAAUCUUAGGAUUUAUUAGCUACUCAUUUCUAGUUGGCAUGGAGACCACAAAGAGAAAUGUUAAGAAAUUUUUCUUAUUUUUGAAAAAGGUUCUCAAGAAGGUAAUGCUGGCCUUUUUAAAGGUGUUGAAGCAACUCCUGAGUAAACUCUUCUCACUGCUGGCUAGAUGCAUUACGAAGCUUUUCAUGAAACUUGGAUUCAUGUACACGUUUCUAAUUGGGUUCUUAUCCGCAGCCUCUCUCUACGUUUACUCGAAAUACCUCUCGUACAAACGGAAAAAGUCUCAGGAGUAUUGUGACAUCAAGGUCCCAGUCAAAUUCAUCAAACAGUUAAAAUAAACUAGUGUAACAUAUUGUAAACAUUAAUACAUUAAGUCUUCUUGACUUUCUCAAGUAACUUUUCAAAGCCAAAUGGGUCCGAGUCCUUCACAAACUCCACCGGCGUAUUCCUCUGCACUCCACGAUCAGCAUUCGCAAAACUCGCCACAUUCACAUCACUAAAAAAUAAUUUAUCACAUUUUUAAUAUAAUAUAAAGUAAAAGCGUGUGUUAGUAAUAUUUAUGUUUGACUAACU